UUCACUGGAACAGAAACGGGAGGAGCAGAAAAACUAGAUAAAGCUAAAGAAACAAGAAAUGAUGUUUCUGGAAGGUUUCGUCACUGGAAUGAUUUUCUUUCUCACACCAGGAGGAAGAUGUGAGGAGAUGGAGGUGAUCGCUGAGAUGGGAUCUAAGGCGGUUCUACCCUGCAGAUGUGGCAUAAAGCGGUGUGAUCCUGCCGCCAUCACCUGGACCAAAGCAGGAAAAGGCACUGUCUGGAGAAGGCAAACCAGCGGUCUGCAGUACUGGGGCUCCAACUGGGUGGAGGGCGGCACCCAACGGGUGCGAUGCCCGCAUUCGGCGUUCGUUCACGGGGAUUACGGCCUCCAAAUCAACAGCGUGAAGGUGGAGGAUGGAGGAGUUUACUCCUGCAGGGUGGUAGUUGGAGGUCAUAUUACUGGACGCCAAGUCAUGCUCCGAGUUAUUCAAGGUAAGAAGCAGAAUUCUCAGCUCACUACUUUCUGUCAGUACCAAACUAAACUGGCUAGAAAACUAAAAAUGACCACGACUGAUGUUUUCUCCUUAGUGUCCAUCUCUCCGUCCUCUCCCAUGUGGGGGGACUCGAUGUCGGCCACCUGCAGUGUGACACCAUGGCCUAAUGGAGCCAGUGUGAAGUGGAUGGUGAACAACUGUCCUCUUUGGUCUCAGCCCAGAUCGACCUCAAACAAACCAGGAAGUGUUGUGAAAGAAAGAGCGACUGAGAAAGUAGCAGGAAACUGGACCUGCGUCUUCAACUACAAGAAAGAAGCGCGGACCACAGCCGUGUUGUCUGUGAGAGGAAUUGUGCAACCUCCCAAAGACGACACCAAGGUCUACGCUGCUGUUGGGUCUCCAGUGACUCUCCCCUGUGUCUUCUCUCCUGAUUUAAACCCCACAUCCACCGUUUUCGAGAAGACGGGCGUUGGUAAAACGCUUGCUUUCAGCAGGUCUCUCCAGACCUCCUCAGAUGCAUCGGUUCCAAUUCAGGAGGUUACGUCUGAAGAUCAGGGCAAAUACAGAUGUGCAGGAACUGUGCAAGGGCGAAGACUAGCUCGGACAAUGCAGCUUGUCGUUGCUAAAAUCAUCCAGUCAAAAAAGAAAGGCUCUGUGGGACUGACAUGCCAGCUGAGCGACGCGAGCGAAGUCACCAAGUACGAGUGGGUUCACGCGACCUACGACCUCAACGGCACCAAGUCAGACGGACCCAUCCUAAAGGAACAGACCAUUUAUCCGGAGCAUGGGGGUGAAUGGACGUGUCAAUACUAUGGAAAAGAAGGCUUUCUGGGGAACGUGACGACCCAAGUGUUGACCCAGCUGAUUAGCAGUCAAAGUGGACAAAAACCGAGCAACAAAGGAGUCGUGAUCGGGCUCAGCGUUCUCCUGGUGAUUCUGCUGCUGAUCCUCGCUCAGACGUACAAAAACCACCAAAGGGUGAGAAGCUGUUUUCAGACCUUGAAACAAAUCAGUUUCGUGAGUUUUUCUUUAAUCGUUUCCGUUUGUCUUUUUUCUACAGAGGAAAAGAGUCUUUCGGUACCCUGCGAUGGAGACCAUCGUUCACACCGUCUCCAACGAACGAGAGGAGAAAGAAAAGAGUCGAGUGAAGGCGUGAAAGACUCGUCACAGCGGAGCUGUCGCAGGGAAAUGUAAUCACGCGUUUAAACACCUGCAAGAUUAAAAAAGCUUGUAUUUGCACAUGUUUUGUAAAUAGUCUCCCUGGUAAAGUUUGUAGAAAUAAUU